AUGGAUGAAAAAGUAUUUCUAUGGACAUCUGAACUCAAUAAGAAGUUGUUUAAACUACGAUUUGAAAAUGAUGGUUUGUUUAGGAAAAAGAAACAACCGUGGAGGGAAUUUUACAAAAUUUUACUUGAGAAUGGUUUUCCCAAGGAGAUGACAAUAAAUCAUGUAAGAAAAAAGUGGUCAUAUACAUAUGAUACCUACAAAAUAGCUAAGAAAACAAAAAAUAAAAAUUGGAAAUAUUAUAAAUUAUUUGAUAAACAUUUUGGUAAAACAAAAAUAUUAGAUAAAUAUGAUUCUUGGAGUGAUGAGUGGCGUCUGAAAUUAAUUACUUGCAUUUCAGAAGCGACUAGCCAUAAAUAUGACUUUCAAACUAUGUGGAAGAAUAUUGAGAAAGGUUUGAGGAACCAAGACAUGCCAAAAGAUUGUUGUGUUCAAGAUAUUAAAGGAUUAUGGCAACACAUCAGAACAACAUUCAAUAGAAAACAUAGACUGAAAUUGAAAAAGGGCUCAGAUUCAACUCAAUGGCCAUUGUAUGAUGUAAUGUUUAAAUAUUUCGAAAAUUAUGAACCAGAAUAUCUGCUGAAUUUGGAGAAUGAAUCUGCCGUUGAAUUUGGCGUAAGACAGAGGAGUCUAUCGAGGUACUGCAAGAAAACGCGUAAGGACGAUGAUGAUGAUAUUGACAAUGAAAGUGACUUUCAAUGGUCGAAAGAUAUAACAGAAACAUUUAUACAAAUUAGACUGCAAAAUGACUGGAUCUUUAGUCAGAAAAAGUGGGCUUGGAAUGAUCUUCGUAAAAUAAUGGUUGAAGAAUAUGGCUUCCCUAUUACGUUAACGAGUAGGGAAAUUUGCCGAAAAUGGGCCGCUACAUUUUCUGAAUACCAAAAAGCUAAAGCCACGAACAAUAAAUCUUGGGUUUACUACAAUCUCUUUGAAGUAUAUCUGGGAGAAGGCAGUCACUUGAAAACAUUAAAUCCUCUUGUAAACUGGCAAGAGCAAUGGGUACACAAUCUAAUUAGCACCAGGAUAGAUUUGGAACAUUUAUUCAAGUUUUCAUUGAAAGAUCAAAGCGGCGGGUGGAGAGAAGUUGAGAAAAGAUUGCGUAACCUUGGCCUUCCUCAGGACCACAGUUUGCUUGAUCUUCCGGAGAUAUGGACUCAUUUGCUGAAAACAUUCAGGUGGAAGAAGAAAUUUGCUACCAAAGGCAUCCUUAACGAGCAUUGGCCGUAUUAUGAAGCUCUGGCUCGAUAUGUAGAGUCGCACACCUCAAGAAGGCCAAAUCUGAAAGAGAAAGACCACGACGAGAGGGAGAUGGAUGAUUCUGCAGUGGGGGACGAUUGUGAGGACGAUAUGAAACUGCUAGACCUAAAACAGCGCUGGAGAUUGGAGCCCAAGUACGAGACAGAUGCACACCACUGCCGAUCUUGUUACAACGAACAAGCGUCGGUUAAUAUAUUUGAGAAAGUCGAUGCCGAAGGAAUGGAUGUUGCUUGCAAGCUCCGAGUCAUCGGCGGGAUUGAAAUCGACAAAUCGGAUAAUUUGCCGCCACAGAUUUGUGCGAGAUGCCUUCAGGAAUUGGAAAACGCGUACAAUUUCCGUCGAAAGUGCCAGGAUGUUGACAAGCACUUGCGUAAAGAGACAUUUAAUGGAAUAAAAAUCGAGAUUACCGAAAAAGUCGAAGAAAACCAGGAGAAUCAGGACCACAACAACAUAAACAUUUCGAGAGAAAAACUUGACCAUAACAACUUCGAUGAUAUAGACAUGCAUAACGAUGACAUUCCCGGUGAAUCGGAAAUCAAAAUUGAACCCAAACCGGCCGUUGUGAAGAAGCAAACACCGAAAGCGAUGCGCAAGAGGAAAAAGGUUCGCAAACUUAAGUACGACUAUUGGAAAGUGUGCGAAGUUUGCGGGAAGCACACCAGGAACCUGGUCAGCCAUUUGGACAUGCAUUCUACCGGGAAGCCGUACUCUUGCAAUGUGUGCGAUAAAAGAUUCAAAUUCAAGAGUGGGUUGGUGAUCCAUAAGGCAGUGCACAAUCCCACGCCGCGUAAGACGUGCGAAGUUUGCGGCAAAACAUUCCAUGUGCUCGCGCAGUACCGCCGGCACUAUGUAUACCACGCGAAUGAGAGGAAGUACGCUUGCGAGACAUGUGGCAAAAGAUUCAACACUUUGGACAUAUUGAAGGUUCACAACCGAACACACACUGACGAGAGACCGUUCAGCUGUCAGGAGUGCGGCAAAACUUUCAGAACGGCGGGGUGCGUCAGUAGGCAUAAAAGAAUUGUACAUAGAAAUUUGAAAGCUCAAUAA